AUGAAAUCUAUUAGAGUGGAGCAAAAGGAGGUCUACUUGGGCCCAAUCGCUUCAAAAAACAUUAGUGUUUCUCUCGACAUCACGGAGUCGCCUGCAACUCGUCGACGCAAGGAACUUGAUAGCAUUCUCAGUGCGAUGCCACCUUCACCAACACCCUCGGUAGAGUCCGUGCAUGAAGAUGGGAAGACUGGCACCGCCUUACACGUCUACGACAAUCUUCCAGUCAAACAAUCGAAUGGACAAAGUCCUGAGACACCAGCUGAAGAAGAAAUUUGUCCAUCCGUUGCUGCAAAGCCUGUAUUGGUAACAAUUGGACAGAGCAUAAAUGAGAAAAAGGCACGAAAUAUGAUGGAAAGUAUGAAACCCGUCAGCGUGAACGGAUCGGUGGGUGAAAAUGAUCUCAGACCUCCACGUCCCCCACCAGCAAAGGAUGACCAUGUCUAUGCCAACAAAUCCUCUUCACGCAACCUUCCACCACCUCCGCGACCAUCAGCACCUCCGCGAGUGUUACAGAAGUCGUACACAAUGACUUCUAGCAGUCCACCACCACCAAGUGACGUGGAGCCGAUCAGUCCUGUGCCCGCGCCUUCGCCAGUGCAUUCAGCUCCUGUUCAAAUGAGAUCAAAUUAUACUAACGCUACAUCCAGUCUGGACAGAAGAAAACUCUAUCGAAGUAAAGAGGAGACGAGAGUCGCUAAGAUGGCCACUCUUAGCCGGCCGAUGACUAUGCACGAAACAACCUUCACAGUGAAGCGAAAAUCAAAUGAGGGCCAUCAAAGAUCCCUCGACGAAGGCUCGCAGCGUCCCAAGUCCGGGCAGAAGGUGAUCUACGAGCAGAGGGAUUCAAUAACUUUGCCCAAAUUCUUGUUGGGCAACAAGAAGAAGUCGGUCGCGCCUCCCGUAUCUCGUCCCCAAUUGAUUAGCAGUCCGACCAAUGAGGGCAAUCGCGUCAGUGUUCUCAAAUCCAUUGCGACUGCAGAGGAUGCUAACAUGGUUAUAUCACCGACGUUUACUAACAUGCAGUGUAGCAUGCCUUCGACUCGUCCAAUCACUACCACCUCGGUCAGUAUUCAAACAACACCUCUAAGACCCAAAGUACCCGUCUCAAGUCUUUCCCGUGGAAAGGCGCGACCAACGCUAUUGGCUUUAGCGACCAAGUCAGGGGGGUCGAGUGACCAUCACCAGGUUUCACCUUUUAAGGAGGUCUAUCACCAUAAUUUGAUCAGAUCCUCGAUUAAGAAAAAGGUACGCAGGCUAAUGAGUCCUGGUGACGGCUCCACUUUCUCGAUUCUCCUUCAGAGUCCUUUAAAAGCAUCACCUUCGGACGACGAACUGUCAUUGCCUCUGUUCGGAGACCAAAUUGCCGACAAAGUUCAAACGUCUGCAGACGGCAAAUCCUCCAUCUUUGCUUUUUCGCAUUCUCACAACUUGUGGUCUAUGAACUUGGAGGACGAGGAACCGGCCUCCAAGAAGUUGGUGCACAGAUGCCUCCUCGAGUACCUAGCUGCUAGUACUCGAUUAAAGUUUGCGGAUCUUCAAGGAGAGUUCGCGGCUUUCCACUGGCUGUGUUGCGACCUCGAUGAGGCCGGUUGGUUCAAACGUGGCACUUUGGAAGGCUACAGUUCACUGGAAAUAUACCAUGAUCCUUCAAAACAGUUGGAUUAUGUGAAAUUGCCACCGAUCAACUAUGCUGUUGGAAACAUAGUCUAUCCAGAGGCCACAAUUGACUCCAUGUUUUCCACAUGGAUCAAUAUGAGCCACUUGGGAACUCCCUCCACAUCACUUGGACCCGAGUGCCCCACAGAUACUGAACCUGCUUACCAUCCUGCUCUCGCGAUACUUCGACUCUCCGAUUUGCUUAAAGAACUUGGCACGUCCAAAAAUCCUCCCUACGGCAUCCAUCCAAGCAUCACAUUGGCAGUUCUUCUAUCAGUCGACCAGUGUUCCUCAAAACUUACCCAAAAUUUGAAGGAGGGAGAAAAGGCCUUCUUAAAUCUGAAUCCCAGUGAGAUUAUUCUCCUCUGUUCACCAGCAAAUUGUCUGGUUAUCUUCCGCAUUGUUGACUCGGAAAGCGAAUGGAAUGUUCAGAGAUUGCUUCUGGUACUGUAUCGUGAUUAUGCGGACUCCAUGGAGGUUGCAAUAAAUGCUUGCAUGGAUAACCUCUCUCAGUUGAUCACCACGAAGAUGCACCUUUCGGCGUUGAUACAAGCUAUUGUGCCUCCAGAUUGGAUAAUGCAUGUGGGUGUCCGCAGUGCCAUUGAAAAGGCCAACUCUGCGAUCCCCACGGGGAACGAGGAUUAG